AUGGCUUCAUCACUCGAGUCGAAGACAUCACUCGAUGUUCUCCAGAUCAUGCUCAAUGAUGCACUGGUACAAACUGGCAAGGCUCUUCGCGCCUCACGAAAGGAAGCGCCUGGAAGUAUGUCUGCGGCUAAUACUUCUGCUCGGUACAAAAUACCAGAGACGAUGCGCACUUUCCACUCUGCCCUAGAUGACUUGGAACAGGAGAUCAUCAGAGCCAAGGGGGUGAUGCAACGUGAUAUCUCCCGGUUAAGGGAGAGCAAGAUGGAGGUUGAACCACCGCAAUUGAUUGAACCCCAGUCCAAAUCCCCAAUGGUGAUUGAUCUUGACUCGUCUCCUCCGCCGGCUCCUAAGACCGAGCCUGAGGACGAAGCGGUCAGUCUCACCAAAAAGACCAUCGCUCCAUUCCCAGACAUGGGGCUGGAUAUUUCUGGGACGAGUGCCCCCGGCCCAGAAGGCCUCUCUUCACAGGCACUCAUACCCUCCGUUGAGGUUGAACCCAAAAUCGAGCCAUCGCCAGCGGCGCCUGUCCCGGCAAUGUCACAGGCAGACUUAGAACAACAGCCAAAAGCUCCAAUCACGGACUCAGGGGUAUCAGGGGCACCCAACGCAGAAUUGCAUUUUACAAAUAUGGAGUUCGCACUUGCACAGCCCGAAAAUGGGCAACAAAACGAUGCGAGCACCGGAGAGCAUUUCGAUUUGACUUCAUUUGCCGCACCAGACGGCGCCAAUGGUUCUCUGUCCCUUGAAGGGCUUGCUCCCCAACCUACUACCAACAACUCAGGGGGGUCUGACCUUCUUGCGGUUCAAGGAGACACUUCAGGGAUUCCAGACCAGAUGAAUGGAGACAACAAUGUUACAGAUGAGGCCUUAGACAACCUCCUUGACAUGGACUUCAGCGGCGCUGACGGGACAGAUUUCGAUUUCAGCAUGGAUGGGGGAAAUUCAUUUAACGAGCUCAUGACCAACCACGAUGGAACCUUUGAUACCACAAUGAGCCAGGGAGGAUUUGAUGAAGAUUUAUUCAACUUCGAUAAACCUGAAGGAGCAUAA